GGCUCAAACGAGACAUCGUCAAUGUAAUUGUCGCUGGUCACCUGCGGUCCCCCCGCCCCCGCCGCUGAAGCAUUAUCUGGAGUGAGCACCUCUGGCUCACGUCUAAAUCCCACCAUGAGAGCUGAGUUGUUUUGUCCUAAGGAAUCUUUUGAUGUAUUUUUCCUCUUCUUUUCUAAGGAAUGGCGUCAACUGCUUCUAACGCGCACGCUUCUUACGGUUUGGGCCCUCGCGUUCCGACGCCGCGUGGCGCUCCGCAUGCCCGCGAGCCUCCGGGAGAGCCGCGUCCCGACGAGCCCCAACAGCAGGGCCACAAGGCGCUCUUCUACUUUCAGCCCUCGCAGGCUUACCUGCCUCUGCAGGGUCUUCAGUGGCCGCUUCCCGUGCCCUUGCCGGUCGGCUACAAUCCUUACUACGGCGGCCCGCCAUUAGGUUAUGGAAUGCCAAUGAUGCCGCACUACCAGCCCAAUCCUUUUAUGGAGCCUCCUAGCUUUGUGGUACCCCAUAGCCACCUCCACCUGACUGACUACAGGCGCAUGCUGAACCCUUACUACUACCAGACUAUGGCCUACCACGCUCGUAGGUACCGCUACCAGCAUAGCGUGCCGGCAAAAGAAGUCACGAGCUGCGAGGUCCAAACGGAACCCCUUGCUGGUCUCAAUUUGAUCAGCAAUCCAGCUUCUGGAAACACCGAACCCUCUGGUGUCCCCCACGUCUGUGGUGGUGACAAUACGCCAGGCGGACUCCCCAGUCCAUCCCUCCGAUCGGAGUUGACUGUGCAGAGCAACGGCGAACGUUUUUUGGAAGUGGGAACCCCCCCAAAUGGCUUUGUCAUUCAGACGGAGGAAGUGACAAUCGAGUGUUGCACUACGCCAGUGGGACUCAAUCUUCACUCCUGCGAGACCCCAGAGGUGGAUGACGGCCCUGGUGUUCCUGAAGAACAGAUGGCUCAAAUUUGUCCUGACACUCUCUCAGUCAGGACUCCAAAUGAGAUUAUGAAGAUAGAGGAGACAAAGAAAAACAAAGGCUCCUUCAUUGGCUCUAUCUUCAGCUCCAAAGUUGAGGUGAAGGAUCAGAAAGAUCUACAGCUGACCUUAAAGAGUAUUCAGUCCCAAGUUGUCCUGCAGGAAGAACAAGUGUGGUCAAUAGAGGGCAUGUUGGUUCCCUCCCUUGACUCUCCAUCCCCUGCAGAAGAAUGUGAUGGAAAGCUCAAUGUGGUUGAAGUGCCUAUAUAUGAAACUCCGACAACAGACACUAGUCCCUCCGUGGAGGAGGAAAUGGUUUGUGAGGCAGUGGUGUGCAAUAAAGUGGAGGAAUCUCCUGAUCUCAACAUGAAGCACAAAGCAGAAGGUCUACUUUCACAAAGUUUGGAAAGUUCUCUUCAAAAGGAAGAUGAAACUCAACCCAGACAAGACUUGAACUAUCAGGAGCAGCAAGACACUUCAUUUGAGUCCUUACCCACAUACCUUCCCUCCAGCAGCUGGCUGGCAGACUUUGACAGAGUCUGCAUCUAUAGUAGGAUGCCACCCACUCCCAAAAAGCGGAACCAAAACCUGAACCGGACCGUUUUAGAGGUUCCCACUCGGAGAAGAAAACUGGAGCUGGAGUACAAGGAGCAGCCCUCAGUGCGUAAGCCCAAGGAGCGGUACAAGCCCAAAGGCAAGCUGGAUCGACGAAGCCUCUCUGACCACGAGUGUUGCCCCACCAGAACCUUCGAGAACAUCUUUCCUCUGAAGAAUGACAGACUUUGUAGCAGAUGUUUAGCCAAGCCUGGUCCAAGCUUCAAAAGAAAGGCUGUCCCCUUUCAGCAGUGCAACCAGUCCCUGAUGUCCACCUGUGACGCCUGCAAGUCUCACACCGGCAAGACCCUUCAGAGAAAAGGCUCUGUACCCGACGUCCGCACCCCGCAUCGUGGACUCUGCACAGAGGGAGAGUCCUCGGAGAACGGCUCGUGUUCCGGGGGGUUCAAGCGGAGACCCAACGGGAAGAAGAGGCCGCUCGGCUCGAAGCAGAACGGGGAGAGGAACUGGUCGUGUGACGAAGUGCAGCCUCGCCAGCUUGCGGCUUGCAAAAGGCUGCGCCGCUGCCCCCACGGAAACGCCAUGGAAGAGCUGGAUGAGAACUUGCCGACGUCCCCGGAGGACAAAUUGAGGCAUCCCGACAAGUUUUACUGGGCACAGAGGUGGCAAACGGAUAAGUCAUGGAAAACUGUCCCGACCGGACCAGAUCCCCACACUUGAAGAAACGCAACACGUCACAAUCACCAGGUGCUUGGUCGCCCACGCUCUUUUUUUUUAGUUUUUUUUUUUGUUUUUUUCCACUUUUACACAAGAAGUCACGUUUUGUAAGACGUUAAAAUGAGCAAAGCGCAAAAUGUUUCACCUUCUUUCUCUGUGCAGGAAAUCAAAGAAAAGACACACGAUGCUGAUUUGCACAAGAGCACUAAUCGGUCACUUUUUAAAAAAAAAAAAAAGUUUUGUACACUUAAAUUAUUUCCACUUAUUUAUAUUGCCCCUUCACAAUGUUCAAUAUUUAAGCAUUAAAUAAACACAUAAUUUUGAAGUA